AUGGAGCUUCAGGAUGAUAUCAUCAAGCAUCAAAGCGGACAUUUGGAUGAGGUGUCCUUAAAACCAACAGAGUAUGUGAAGAAAAAAAACCUCCUGAAAUACAAAGUCAUCUGUGCUGUUCUGCUGUGUGCUUUGGUGGUCGUAUCCCUGGGACUAGGUUUAGGACUAGGACUGAACCGUGGACACCAGGAGCAAGUCAGCUGCAGACACAAGUGCAAUGAGCCGCACGGCAAAGAGGUGCCUGGCUGCCGGUGCGACAGCGGCUGCAAGGAGCGUCGGGACUGCUGCUGGGACUACGAGGACGCCUGCGUGGAGCCAACCCGAUCUUGGAGGUGCACUAAUUUCCGUUGUGGUGAGACACGGAUACCUGGAAGUUACUGUUCUUGUUCUGAUGACUGCUUGCAGAAAAAAGACUGCUGUGUAAACUACAACAGCGUUUGCAAAGGUGAAAUACCUUGGGUGGAGGAACCAUGUGUAUCACUUGAAACUCCGCAGUGUCCAGCUGGGUUUGAUCUGCCACCACUUAUCCUUUUUUCAAUGGAUGGGUUUAGAGCAGAAUACUUGCAAACUUGGAGUUCUUUGCUGCCAAAUAUUGAAAAACUCAAAACAUGUGGCACACAUUCAAAAUACAUGAGAGCUGUUUACCCCACAAAAACCUUUCCAAACCACUAUACUAUUGUCACAGGAUUGUAUCCAGAAUCUCAUGGUAUUAUUGAUAACAGCAUGUAUGAUGUAAACUUGAACAAGAAUUUCUCACUUUCGGGGACGGAAAAAUUCAAACCUUCAUGGUGGAAGGGGCAGCCAGUCUGGCUGACAGCAAUGUACCAAAAUUUGAAAGCAGGCACCUACUUUUGGCCAGGCUCUGAUGUUCCGAUUAAUGGAACAUACCCCACCUUGUACAAUGUAUUCAACAGUUCGGUUACAUAUGAACAGAGAAUUUCAGGAAUAUUGAAAUGGCUUGAUUAUACCAAAUCUGAGAGGCCUGAUUUCUACACUUUAUAUAUUGAAGAACCAGAUUCUUCUGGACAUUCAUUUGGACCAGUUAGUGGUGGUGUAAUCAAAGCCUUACAGCUAGCAGAUCAAGCACUGGGGAUGCUAAUGGAUGGACUUAAACAAAGAAAUCUGCACAAAUGUGUAAACCUCAUUGUUUUAGCUGAUCAUGGGAUGGAGAUGACCUACUGCAAACAGUUAGAAUAUAUGACUAAUUACUUCAAAGAGAUUGAUUUCUACAUAUACGCUGGGCCUGCAGCUCGCAUUCGAGCAAGUAACGUUCCAAAGGACUAUUUUACCUUUGACUCGGAAGGAAUUGUUAAAAACCUCACAUGCAAAAGAUCCCCUCAGCACUUCAAACCUUAUCUGACGCCUGACUUGCCAAAACGAUUCCACUAUGCUAACAACAUUCGUAUUGAUAAAGUUCAUCUUUUGGUGGAUCGACAGUGGCUGGCUGUGAGGUAA